AUGGACAAGGGAAGAGAGAGAAUGGCCGCUGCCGCCGCCGCUGCUGCCGCCGCCGCCGCUGCUGCUCAGUGCCGGAGCCCUCGGUGCGCGGCGGAGAGGAGAGGAUUCCGGCGGGAACUCGACUCUUGGCGCCACCGCCUCAUGCACUGUGUAGGUUUUGAGAGUAUUUUAGAAGGGCUUUAUGGACCACGGCUACGAAGGGACCUCAGUUUAUUUGAAGACUGUGAACCAGAAGAGCUGACUGACUGGUCUAUGGAUGAAAAAUGUUCAUUUUGUAACCUUCAGAGAGAAGCAGUCAGUGAUUGUAUACCAUCUCUUGAUUCUUCACAGUCAACACCAACGGAGGAGCUAUCAUCUCAGGGCCAGUCCAACACUGAUAAGAUUGAAUGCCAAGCAGAAAAUUAUCUAAAUGCACUCUUUCGAAAGAAAGAUCUUCCUCAGAACUGUGAUCCUAACAUUCCCCUAGUUGCUCAGGAAUUAAUGAAAAAGAUGAUACGUCAGUUUGCAAUUGAGUACAUUUCAAAAAGUGGUAAAAUUCAAGAGAAUAGAAAUGGUUCAAUUGGACCAAGUCUAAUAUGUAAAAGUAUCCAAAUGAAUCAAACAGAAAACUCCCUUCAGGAAGAGCAGGAAGGCCCCUUAGACCUCACUGUGAAUCGAAUGCAAGAACAAAAUACUCAGCAAGGGGAUGGAGUGUUAGAUCUCUCUACAAAGAAAACCAGCAUAAAAUCUGAAGAGUCAUCCAUAUGUGAUCCUUCUUCUGAAAAUUCAGUGGCUGGUUCAACUGUUGAUGCAAAAUCAGAGGAAGCUACUAAAAUGGAAAAAAGAAAAUCAGCAUUAAGCAAAGUUUUGGAAUCUUUGUGCAUACAUCACCAACAACAAGUUUUGGCUAUGUUGAAAUUUCUAGUCCAAGAGCAGAAUGCUGCUUCUCUUUGCUGUUGUAAUGCAUCAUGUGCUGUGUCUUCAGAAUCUCAAAAGCCCCUAAUUGAAGAUGAUUUACAUGGUCUAUUCUGUAGCUGUGAAUAUAGGCUGGCAGAAAGAGGGUGUUUACAAAGUGAAAGACAAAGCCCUGGUUUAGCACCUCUGCCAGUCUGUAUUAAAGACAUACAUUGUUUAUCUUGCCAAACUGUAACUAUUGAACACAUUAAGAAUAUUUUAGUGAAUAGAGGAAUUGCAAACAGUUACAAUUCUCACAGGUGUUGUUCUGGACCGUUACCAAACAUUCACUCUACAAAAUCAGAAUUUCUUAGUCCUCUUUUGUCAAGGGAAGGAUGUAAUCUUUCAGUCAGUCUUAAAGAUGUUUGUAGAUCUCGAAGUCCCUCGCCCCCACCAUUAUCACCUGUACAGACUGAAGGAUUUGAAAAAUUGAGAGACGUCAUCUCAGAGCUUUCAGCCUUAGAAAAUAACAAACUUGAAACAAACAUUACCCAGCCUCCAUCUCUCAUACCAGCAGAAAUAAGCAGCAACACGGGUGAUCAUGAAGGUAAAAUACAUAAAACUAAGAAGUCCAAUAACUCUGAUUCUUUGCUCUCAGAUGACAGCAAUUGUACUACAAAUCAUGAAAAAGGAGAAACUGCUGUAAUUUUUCAAGAUUUAAUGGAUCGCAUUAAUGACAAAUUAAAAUCAAUAGAAACCACAGAUAUGACAAACCUUGUAAAAUUAUCUAGCAGUGAUUGUAAUACAGAUAAUGAUUUAAAAUUGGGAGAUUUGAUAACCUCUCUCUUGCAUAAUGCAAAGGCCAGUGACUACAGUUUUAUGGAAUUACUGAGUCAACAUGAUAAAAAGGUAGAAAAUAAAAUUAUUCAGACAAGAUUUCGAAAGCGUCAGGAAACCUUAUUUGCAAUGCACAAAUCUCCUGAUUCACCCAUGUUUAGAAGGCAGUCUUUACAGAUAAAAAGAGAACUUGCUAGUCUUGAUGAAAAUUUUAUAAGAAAAAAAUACACUGAGAGAAAUUCAAGGAAAUUGAUGCGCAAUGAUGAGAUAUUUUCAUCAGACAAAGAAGAAUUCUAUCAUUGUCAAGCGCCUUCCUUACAAAAUUCUAAAAGCCUUCCAGAUAAAAAUCAUGCAGAAACAUCACAUUCAUCAAAUUAUAAAUUACAGUCAUUACAACUACCUCUUCAUAGUUUAGAAACUAACUUGGCUUUUGAUGCAUUUUCAGAAGGCUUUAAAACAACUUUGCCUGAGAAGGGGAGCAUAAGAAAAGCACAGGAGAAAUAUAUGGCUGGAAAAAAAUAUUUGCAAAAUCAUAGGGAUAAUCCAAAAUUAGAGAAUACUCAAACACUUUUGAGAAGUGAUGUCACUGGACUUUUGAGCAGAAGUAAACGAAAUAUUGUGCCUCCAGAAUGGUAUUCUAUAUAUGUAACAAAUAAUUAUGUUUUCAAAAAAUCCCCUAAGGCCAAAAAAGUCUCUGAAUCCACACAAAAAAAAGAUCUAGUGAAAAAUAUUCAAACUGAAAGCUCACACGAUAUAGACCUAAACAAAAUUGCAAUGAAUUCUAAUUUACAAGUUGUUGUGGAGCGUUUGGAAGAUACAAUAAAUAUGGCCAAAAAAUCUUGGAAUAAUCAGCCAUUAUCAGAAGGAUAUAAAUCAUCCAGGAAAUUGAUAGAAAUUGAUGGCAAAGACCAAAAUGCCGGAAAAAAUAUGACUCUAAGUAGAAUGACUUGUAAAGAGCAGAGUUUAUCAAAGUCUGUGGUAGCAUCCAGCAGUGUUACCAAAAGUCAUUGCAUGCCUACAAUAGAUUUGAAUAACAAAAGAUUUGAUAAUCUGAAAAAGUCAUCUAUUUUAGAUACGGGUAGCUUGAUUUCCAGUGUUGAAUAUGUACCAACAAACUGUAAAGGUAUUGAAAGCUCUUCUUUUUCCACCUAUUCUAGUCCUGUCAAACUCAUGUUUUUAUCUGAGGUUAAAAGCAGUGAAGGAGUCAAAUAUACUUUAACUUCAGUUGGUACUUCUCAGUCAAAUGAUCUUCCUUCUGAAAAAUGUACAACACAUCAUGUAAUUGGGAAAAAAACAGAAACAAAUGAGGAUAUCCCAAAUGCUAAAUUUGAAAAUUAUAGUUCUAAUCAUUAUGAUGCUGACACUCUUCAAAGAGAACUAAACAAAUUUAAUUGUGCACAAGAAACUGCAGAAUCUUCUACAAUGUUUAUAGGUGAUACAAAUAGUGAUACACCACAAAAAGAACCUAAGGAGAAUUCAAACAGUGCUAUUGAAUCAUCUUUUAAAAGAAAACCAGGUAGACCUAAAAAAAUAGGUCCCCAAGUUGUGAAACAGAUUAAGCGACCGAUUGGAAGACCACCAAAACCUAAAACUGAUCAAACAGAUACCAUUUGCCAAAAUGAGUCCUUUAGUGCUGGAAGGAAAAGCCCAGAAUCUCUUGUAUCAGAUGUAAAAGAAGGUAUUUAUAAAAAGAGUAUUAUAGUAACUGUUAUUUAUGGAAGAUCAAGAAGAACUAAAAGGCACGUUUCUGAAGGAAGUGUGAACAUAAACAAUAUUAUGUCUUUAAACAAUAAUGUUGCUGAUUUUCCAACUGAAUAUAAUAGUCUCAAAAAUAUUAGAGAACACGAAAUUGAUUCAUGUGAAAGAAUAAGUGCUGUAUCAAGCUUGACUACUGAGAGUGAGAUCUUGGGGUCUGGCUUGGAAUAUGAUAGACCCAUCAAGAACAAGUCUGUGAUACCUCAACCUUCCAAAAACAUCAUUCGACCGAUUCAGAAGCCUUUGGCAAUAAUUAGGAAGCCUGGUAGACCCGCAAAAGUGAAAAUCUCUGGCAUAUCUGUGACUGUUAAUAGGAUUUCACCUCAGGAAAGAGCAGUAAGUAUUAGCAGCUGCUUACCUCCUUUAGAACAGGAGAAUGUGUUAGGAAAAAAUUUGCCUGAAGAAAAGUAUGACCAACAAUGCAAUAAGAUGGAUAAAACAAGGCACUCUGAAGCUGACAUAUUUAAGACUAGAUCAAAAAGUACGGUUGCUACUAUACCUUUGAGACAUUCUAUUAGGGAUAGGAAACCAUCUCUGCAUUUCUUACAUUCAUUAGCAUCUUCUAGCUCACUGAUUUAUAGAAAUGCUUUGCUCCAUAAAUCCUAUAGACUCCAUUUUCAGAAAGGUAAAAGGCAGAAGGGGAAACACAGGCAGUCAAGGAAAAAAAUAGUUUCCAAAGAUACCUCAGGGACUAGACAUUCAAGGAAUGCAAAAAAGUGUUUGGAAGAUAACAAAUUAGUACCCAUUUCUGAAGUAUCCUUGGACCCUAUAAUUUCAUCAAACCCGUUGCUCAGGUGGUGGGCUACAUCUACUUCAAGUGAUUCCUUAUUAGAGGAAUUAAACAAUAGAUUUGAGCAGAUAACAAAUGCUUGGGUGCAAGUGAGUGGAGAUGAAGCUGAAAAUUGUGUUAAAAAAAGAGAAUACAUUGAAAACAAUCAUUUCAAAAUAGCAAACCCUUUGGAAACUUGUCUUUUAGAACUUGAAGUUUCACCUGUAAAAAUGCUUUUUCAGAAAAAGUAUGAUUUGAAUGAACUCUGUACCUGGUUUAUGCAAACAACAGAAACACAGUCUCUUUCACUAGUUAGAAAAGCAAAUGCUCGAAACCCUUUGGAAGUAAUAAAUACCAGGGGAAUUAAAUUAGGGACUAAAUAUUCUGAUUUAAAUACCAGCCCCUUCAGAAAGCACUUUAAAAAAUUUGCACUCUCAUCUCCUUCAAAAUCAGCAGGGAAGUUGCAUAUACUACAUAAAAUGAUUAACUCUCCACUCUUAAAUGUGAAAAGUAAUUUAACACUAACUAGAUUUAAAAGGACUGAGUUUAAGAGGUUGCACCAUGAAAGAUGGAGAAGAGAACGAAAGCUGCACAACCAUGGAACCAUUGAUUGGAACUCUAAAAGAAGAAACUUAAGAUUUUUCUGCCAGAACCAAUCUUUAAAUAAGACUGAGGGGGAAACAAAUGGUGACAUCCCACUCCAAGGAAAAAGCAAAGUAGAUGAUCAUUGUAUUUUGCCACCUGAGAUCAGGGAUGACUUUUUGCAACAGAGGGUGGCAAUGCCUGAAUUCAAAACAUAUGCUAGUUUAGAGAACAAAUUAAAGUCAGAAGCAAAGGAGAAUGGAACGAAUUGCAGCCAAAAAGAUUCUGAAAAAGGACCAAGACUAGGAAAGGAAUGUCCAAAUAAUUGGAGGUCAAAAGCCUUAAAAGAUUGUAGAAUAUUUUUGAGGAAGAUCAAUUUUCUGGAACACAGAAAUACUUUUAAGCUAAAUACAAUCAUUUACUCUCCUGAAUCUAUUGAGAGUGGAAGUAAUCAUCAGACUCCUGUAGAAGAAUCAAAGCACUUUACUUUAAGAUCCCACUCUAUUAGGCAAAACUCUUUUAAAAAGCAAUCUAAAGAAGUAGAAAAUGCUAAUGUAAAUAGCCCUUCAACUGAUAAAUUUCCUGGCCAACUUAAAUUAAGUAAAUGUGUUAACUUUGACAAGAAUCCUUUGGAUAGUUCUGCAGUUCUUAGAAAAUUGAACAAAAGAAAAAGACCACCAUGGAAGACCACAGAAAUGUCAACAAAAAGACAUAAACGACAGUCUUGCAACAGUGGACAAAUGGCAAACUAUUUUUCAAAAUCCCAACUAGCAUGCUACAAAUGAAAACUGAUGAGAACCUGAAUUUGUCUGAUGGGAAUACAGCA